UGGUUUAGGCAUAGAGACAUCGUGCUAGGGUAUCCCAGAUUCGAUAACGAUUAAAAGACCCACUCGGGGCAAGUUCUUUCCAGCUGAGACCGUGCACCCGCCUCGAGGGUCUAGGAAGGAGGCGCCAUUUUGGAAUGAACGGUUACAUACAGUCUCAAGAUCCAACGGCACAACUCACCGGGAACCACCGACCCAAUUCAUCUCCCCAAAACUUCGAAGCGAAACACCGUCGUCGGACAGCUAGUGCUCAGGCGUCUCCGCCUGGUGCGGAGCUACAGGCUCUCAAGCCUUAGCUGGCUCCUCUCCGGCUCUGGGCCUCCUGCCAAACACCCGACAGCCUCAGCGUCCUGGGCUGGCUCCUCCCGGCCUCCCGGCAGCCUCUGCGUCCUGGGCUGGCUGCUCCCGGCCUCCCGGCAGCCUCUGCGGUUUCUGUGGAGUAUCCGUCCUGAUAGGACUGCAAAGGAAGCGGGAAGGUGAUUAGCGCGCCUCAAGGAGGAAGAACACGGCAGUUUUAACUACUCAGGCAAGGUUCAGAGGAAAGCAGCGAGGAUUCCAAGGGUCCCAUCGCCCUCACAGCCAAUGAGGGGCCUGAGAGGGAGGAGCCUGGGGCUGCUUGGUGCAGCCUGAGCUUCUGAGGGAAUCAUCCCCAGUAGAUGCAGUGGAGACCGAGCUCUCCACGGCUGUCACAGCAAAACAAAAUUUAAAAAAAAAAAAAUACAAUACAAAACAAAACAAAACAAAAACAGAAGAGGAGAAACGCUGCAGAUUAUGAAACGCUGUAGAACUUUCUGAAACACUUGCUGGGGAUUCCCGUGAAGCAUGUUCUUUUAAAACCGAUUCUUUUUGAAGCCGGUUUGGGUAACUGGGAAAAUGAUACAUAUGCUAAAUGCAGCAGCUGAUCGAGUGAAAUGGACCAGAUCGAGGGCUGCUAAAAGGGCUGUCUGCCUGGUGGCCGCAGCAUAUGCUCUGAAAACCCUCUAUCCCACCAUUGGCAAGCGUUUAAAACAGUCUGGCCAUGGGAAGAAAAAAGAAGCUUACCCGGCUGCAGAGAACAGAGAAAUACUGCAUUGCACCGAGGCCACUUGUAAAAAACCUUCGCCUGGAGUGGAUGCAGAUUUUUUCAAACAGCUGCUAGAACUUCGGAAAAUUCUCUUUCCAAAACUUGUGACCACUGAAACAGGAUGGCUAUGCCUCCACUCGGUAGCUCUAAUCUCAAGAACCUUUCUGUCUAUCUAUGUAGCUGGUCUCGAUGGAAAAAUCGUGAAAAGCAUUGUGGAAAAGAAGCCUCGGACUUUCAUCAUCAAAUUAAUCAAGUGGCUUAUGAUUGCCAUCCCUGCCACCUUUGUCAACAGUGCAAUAAGGUACCUGGAGGGCAAACUGGCCUUGGCCUUCAGAACUCGCCUAGUAGACCACGCCUAUGAAACCUAUUUUACAAAUCAGACUUAUUAUAAGGUGAUCAAUAUGGACGGGAGGCUGGCAAACCCCGACCAGUCUCUUACUGAGGAUAUUAUGAUGUUCUCUCAGUCCGUGGCUCACUUGUAUUCCAACCUAACCAAGCCUAUUUUAGAUGUAAUCCUGACCUCCUAUACGCUCAUCCAGACUGCUACGUCCAGAGGAGCAAGCCCCACUGGGCCCACCUUAUUAGCCGGGCUUGUGGUAUAUGCCACUGCUAAAGUGUUGAAGGCCUGUUCUCCCAAGUUUGGUAAAUUGGUGGCUGAAGAAGCUCAUAGAAAAGGCUAUUUGCGGUAUGUGCACUCCAGAAUUAUAGCCAAUGUUGAAGAAAUUGCCUUUUACAGAGGACAUAAGGUAGAAAUGAAGCAACUCCAAAAAAGUUACAAAGCUUUAGCAGAUCAGAUGAACCUCAUUUUAUCCAAACGUUUGUGGUACAUCAUGUUAGAGCAGUUCUUGAUGAAGUAUGUUUGGAGCAGCAGUGGACUAAUUAUGGUGGCUGUGCCUAUUAUCACUGCAACUGGCUUUGCAGAUGGUGAUCUAGAGGAUGGUCAAAAACAAGCUAUGGUUAGUGAACGGACUGAAGCCUUUACCACUGCUCGAAAUUUAUUAGCCUCUGGAGCUGACGCUAUUGAGAGGAUUAUGUCUUCAUACAAAGAGAUCACUGAAUUAGCAGGCUAUACUGCUCGAGUGUAUAAUAUGUUUUGGGUCUUUGAUGAAGUAAAGAGAGGCAUUUUUAAGAGAACCGGUGUCAUGCAAGAGUCUGAAAACCAUAGCAAGAGCGGAGCUAACAUAGAAUUGCCCCUCAGUGAGACACUGGAAAUCAAAGGAAAAGUUAUUGAUGUGGAUCAUGGAAUUAUUUGUGAAAAUGUUCCCAUAAUUACACCAACGGGAGAAGUGGUGGCUUCCAGGCUAAACUUCAAAGUAGAAGAAGGAAUGCAUCUUUUGAUAACUGGGCCCAAUGGUUGUGGGAAAAGUUCUCUCUUCAGAAUUUUAAGUGGCCUGUGGCCUGUGUAUGAAGGAGUCCUAUAUAAACCACCUCCACAACAUAUGUUCUAUAUUCCACAAAGGCCAUAUAUGUCUCUUGGAAGUCUUCGGGAUCAAGUCAUUUAUCCUGAUUCUGUGGAUGACAUGCAUGAUAAAGGCUACACAGACCAUGAUCUAGACUGUAUUCUACAUAAUGUUCACCUCUAUCAUAUAGUUCAGAGAGAGGGAGGAUGGGAUGCUGUUAUGGACUGGAAAGACGUCCUGUCAGGGGGAGAAAAGCAAAGAAUGGGCAUGGCUCGCAUGUUUUAUCAUCGACCAAAAUAUGCAUUGCUGGAUGAAUGCACCAGUGCUGUCAGCAUUGAUGUUGAAGGAAAGAUAUUUCAGGCUGCAAAAGGGGCUGGAAUUUCCUUACUUUCUAUAACACACAGGCCUUCUCUUUGGAAAUACCACACUCAUUUAUUACAGUUUGAUGGUGAAGGAGGUUGGCGCUUUGAACAGUUGGAUACUGCUAUUCGUUUAACAUUGAGUGAAGAAAAACAAAAGCUAGAAUCUCAGUUGGCUGGAAUUCCCAAAAUGCAGCAAAGACUCAAUGAACUAUGUAAAAUUUUAGGAGAAGACUCAGUGCUGAAAACAAUGAAAAAUGAAGAUGAGACAUCCUAAUUGUUUUGAUUAUGUUUUAAAUGUUUGUUUUUAGUUAAAGGCUCAGAGACACUGUUAUAGUGCAUGCAUUGUGUUAAGCUAAGCACAGAGAAAAAAAGGCAGCAAGAAAUGUUUUAGAAGAUUUUAGCAUCAAGGAAGUAGAUGAUCUGACUUUUCAAAAGAAAAUAAGCAAAUGCACUCUGUAAGAUUAGUGAUCAGGGCUUGUUCUAGUUCCUAGUGAAAACCUAAUUCAUGUAAAACAGGAUUUUCUAGGUGAAUUCACAGUGAAUACCAGAUUUGCUAUGUGUAUAUAAUGCAUCUGAAAUUCUUAACAAACAUGGGAGAUAUCCUGAGAAUUGAACAAUUGAAGAGCAACUUUUGGGUUGAAACCAGGUGCAUAAAACUAGAAAUUUGAGUAACAUUUUAGUCCAUUUAUGAUUAUUAGAUAACACAGCUAGAAUUCAUGUUGCUAGUGGUCAACUAAUCCUGUAUACAGAAUAGCUAAUAGUUUGAGAAGUAAUUUCCCUAUGAAAAAAAAUGAUUUUAAUGACAAUGGUUGAAAGAAAGAAACAUGAAUGUACAUGUAUAAAAUAUCAUUUUUUAAUUUUAGAUUUUGAACGUCUCAGGAUGGGCACAUCACAAAUUCAUUUUAAUGAGAAUCUGACAUAUUUGUUAAUAAACUCAUUCAUCUUAAAAAGAGAAUUGCCAGUACAAAAAAGAAGUGUCCAAACAAUGUUUGUCUCAACCUGUUACCUUACCUGGCAGCAUUAUCUAUUGCAACUUCUGUCCAGAUAUACUUAGCUUGUUUUUGUGCACAAAGGAGGAGUCCACCACAUUUUUAAAUAGCAGUGCUGUAACAGAAUAGAGGCAUUUUCAAAAUCAUAAUAGUCGUAACAUACCUUGGAAUAGCACUUUAUAAUUGACCAUCCUCAUUUAUAUGCAUCUUAAUCCUUGUGCAAUCUUCUGAGGCAGAUGUUAUUUCUCCUAGUUUGCUUUUGAGAACUUGGCACUCAGAUUUGCCCUAACCAUGCAGUUUAUUUCGGGACAAAUCCAGAGAUCAGAUGAAGUUUCCCUGUUUCCCUGGUUCAGUGCGAUUUUCACUAUUACCCUUGAAAUUCAGUUGGGCUAUAAUAGGAAUAAAAGUUAGGUGAGAUGUUGAAAAGAAAAUUAAUUUGGUAAUGUUAGUGUUAUUGUUAUUUGAUUAUUGUUUAUAAUAUAUGGAAAUUAAGUACAAAGUGGAAAGUUCGUUUGUCUCUGGUCUAAAACGUGACAGGAAAGUUAGCUAUCUUUUAGCAACUGUGCAUUCAUCCUCAAUAUAAUUGGAUCCCUACAGCCAGCAAUCAGAAGGGGAAUUAUGUUAUAGGGAAAUUUAAUAUUUAUUGAACAUAAUGAGAAAGAAUCUGAAUGGAAUAGUCAUGUGCAAUACAUUUUAUGUUUUCACUUGCCCUGGAAUUGGAAGUAUGAAAGCCAGGAUGGCCAUUUUAAACUGCUCCUGCCUAUGCCUCCAGGCUGAAGGGACAGAGAGCUGGGAACGCUCAGUUACUAGUGGUUCAGGAUUUGAUCUGCAUGUUUAGACACCGCCACAAUAGAUGCUAAGUCAGUGAUUCUCAGGCUUUCUCAGGUGGUGAAGUACCUGGAAGUCAUUCAUGAUGACUGUCAUAAAACAUCAUAGCAUUUUCACAUUUUGGAUUCUUCUGUGCUUUCUUUAAAUCAAUUUUUAAUUAUCAACAAAUGUAACCACCUCAUAUGAAUACUCAGGACAUCUGUCUAAGUUUUUCUGUUAGUAUCAUUAACUAUUCACUUAGUCAUUUGUCAGUUACUGCUACUUCCUAUUAGAAAAGUGAGGCAGGUAUCAAAGGUUUUAAAGAAAUGCAUGGAACAAAAACUUAAACUGGAUCAAAAUUAUUCAUUAAUCUAAGUUCUGGAUCAGCAGUUAUCCAAUUUAUGCUGCUGUAGGAAACAGUCUGGGGCAAGUGUCUUAACUUUUAAAGAUACAAGAAGAAAAUGGAAAGUCUUCAUUUGAAAUGUGCAUAAUUUUCAUGCCUUAAUUUUCAUAAUUUGAAAAGUAAAGCAUGUAGGACCCAGUAUAUUGUGUUUUGAAACUUAGAAAAGAAUGCCAAAACAAAUACUAGAUUUGUAAUUAGCCCUUAUUUAAUACAUCCUACAAAUUGGCUGAAGUUAAAUGACAUUAUUUAUAAUGUACAGGAUUCAAGAAUGUUUAAAAUUCUGUAUUAAAAACUAUACACUCUGCAGUUUAAAUGGUAAAGUUCUAAGAGAAACAUGUUCUGUGUGAGCUUUUUUGUGCCUGUUUAUUUUCUGAAUUUUUUUUCCAGGACCAAAAUCCUCUAACUUGGAGUGAAAAAUAAUCUGUGAUUUUCAUUUGUAUUUGUGUACAUUUAACUGUUUACAAAAUGGUCCAAUGAGUAUACCACAUUUUACUAUCCUUACAGUCUUAUUUUGUGAAAAAUGUGAACAAGAUGAAAAACUAAAUAGCCAUCUUUGAAUAUAGCAAGGAAUAAAUGAGAGAAGGAAAAAGAAGUGAUAUUUCAAUUUUCAAACAGGCUUUACAGUGUCAUCUAUUUGCCUCAAUUAUUUUGACUCCUGUUUGUUCUAUUUUGUUUUGUUGUGUUUUGUUUUGGUCAAAGGAAGCUGUAAAUUUGUGGAGAUUAAUUUUUAAAUGUGCUUUUUUGGGGGGGGAUUAACUUUUAAACUUGGAAAAUAAGUUGCAUUCUAUGAAAAUGUUGCAUUAUAUUUCUACAGCAUGUAGUGUUACGCACACCAAGCAUGAAUCUAAAAUAGUGUGUGUUCUUGUGUAAACAAGAUAAUGUGUAAAAAUCUCUCUCUAGUAAUCUCAAGGAGAAUGAUACAUCUUGAGAUUCAACCUGAGUAUACAUUUGUUUCCAAUGGGAAUGGUUUUUCCUUGAUAGUAACUAAGUUUUUGUCAAAUUUUGUUCUUCCAGUAUAGGUAUAAAUGAACAGGUUACUUGUUUUUUUAUUUGAGACUUUGGUUCCAAUUAUAAUUUCAUAUUUGUCAAUAAGCUUAGCCUAUUAAAAUUUGUUUGGAAUAGUUUUUGGAUUCCAUAAGCGUAGAAAAACUUGUUACACUUUGGAACUCAAAUCCAGAGAAUGUUAUACACUUCUGAGAUAUGCAUAAAAUGGUAAAGAUUAUUAAACCAUUGAUUAAAAGAGAUGUCUUUGAUGCAACUACUUUAUGGGAAAAAAUCAUUCUCAUUUAGAAGUGUAAAGUUCUUUCACAUAACCCAGGAGAUUUACAGGUCUGAUGAUAUGUUUGGGUAUGUCAAAUAUUUUUUUGAGUUGUACUUGUAACGUUUGCCACAUGAGAGCUUUCAGGUGGAUGCAUAAAAUAUUUUUAUUAAAAGCAAAUCCCUUCUUCGU